UCUGUGUGUGUGUGUGAGCAAGUGUCCACGCGUCCUCGUAGGCUAGAGCUGUUUUUUUGAAAACACACCAAACCCAAGAGGAUACUCCGAGGAGAAAGAGGGAGUGUAAAGGCAAAAUGAGACUGAAGUAAACUAAAAGUCUCACAUGUCCAGGGAAUAAAUUAGUGGCUUCCAUUUUCUUUAUUUGUUUUCCUUUUGUUGCUAGAGCAGCUUGCAAGUUGCAGGGAAACGAGGAAGUGCUGAGAGACAGAGUGUUGACUAGCAUAUUGCCGCAUUUCAGCACUUAAGGAUCCCAGGCUUCAGCAGUGACAAUAACAGAUGAUGAAUAAAUUAUAAAACACAUCACAUGCAUGAAAUAAGAUACACCUUUUCCUGCAGAAGAUGGAAGUGAUAACCACUCAUGUCCAGGACACAGAGCCUGAGGAACUGAGGGAUUCUGCUGAACCAGAGAGUGAGCUAAGGUUGGUGUUGCUGGGCUGGUCAGGCACAGGGAAAAGCAGAGUGGGUAACACCAUCCUUGGCAGUUCAGUGUUUGAUACCCACCAUGGUUCCACCUCGCAGAAGCCAGUAACUCUGAAGUGUGAGAAAAGGUGUGCAAGCGUGGCUGGGAAACAAGUGGUUGUGGUGGACACUCCAGACUGGUUCUAUUCAGAGAGGCCCCUAGAGGAAGUACACCACCAGCUGGCUGAGUGCGUAUCUCUGGCCGCUCCAGGACCCCAUGCCUUUUUGCUCUGCACCGCUAUUUAUCGCCAAUGUGAGAAUCUCCAGGCUCUGGAUGCCUUAGAGAAAGUGUUCGGUGUCAAUGCCAUCACCAAACACACUGUUGUCCUGUUUACUGAUACAGAGAAGCUGCCAGAGAAUCAAACACUAAAGGAGUUCCUUAACACUGAGCGAGAAGAUUUGCUGGAAUUGGUGCAGAGAUGUGGAGACCGGUAUCAUGUCAUAAGAUUUGAAGGAGAAAAACAAGAAGAGAAAGAUAGAAAAAAUGUAGAGGAGUUGCUGGAGAAGGUGGAUGGGAUGAUAAAGGAGAGCAGGGAGGAAUUUUACAGCUGUCCUCCUCUCCUUCACGCAGAGGCAGAAGAGAGAACGGUGGAUGCGGAUUAUGAGGAAAGCACAUCCAGUGAAUUUGUGAGCAAGUGGAAAGAAGAGGUAGAAUCAGACUCGGACGCAGAGCCAGAAGCGAGUGCGGAGAAAACAGACGAGAGCACGGAUGAUCUUGAGGUGGAGCAGGACACCGCAUUAUCUCCUCCUGCACCUCCUCCCCCGUUCUUGCGCUGGGUUUGGGACUCACUGGUUGGGUGGGUGCUGUGGCUGCCCAGCCUGGUGAGAGGUUCCACUUUACUCGGCUCUAUAGUGGGGUUAUUCUUUGGGGGUGCCAUGGGGGCUACUGUGGGCUCCGUUGCCACCGAGGUAGGCAGACGAAAAAACAAAGCAAAAGUAAAAUCUAAAUAACACACUCUAUACACAGUAGGACACUUAAUAAAACUAAAAAAUGUAUACAUUUCUUUACAAAAUAAAUAAACAUACGGCUUAUGUAUGAAAGUUGCAGUACUUUAUAUCAGUAGUAACAGCCAAAAGUAACUACAUUUAAGCUAAUGCUGAAGGAUAGUCAAGACUUUCUUGUGAUCUUGGUUUGUAAAACAAGGUAAAAGUUAAAGUAAAGAUUUGUAAUCAGAUUAAACCAGACCAUGAAUCUUUACUUGGAGCCUUUUUUUUAAGUUUGGAAAAAGCAUCAGUAUCUGUUAUUUAUAUACUACAGUGGGUAUUCAAAAGAUCGCUAUUACAUCAUGGAAAUUAACACUUUUUUACAAAAUUCCUUACUCUAUAUAAUUUUGUGCUGCAAAAUGAAUUGAAUAAACAUUGCAAACGAGAUGUGGACCUGUGAAAUUAUCUUAUCGCAAAUGGUUAUAAUUUAUUACAGGUAAUAUACACAUUCAAUAAUUUAUGUAUUUAUAUAAUUUUCUAAAUGAAUAUUGGCAAACAUCAUAAUGUGAUUAUUUGCUGUUUGAAUACUAAAGUGUGUAUUUAAUAGUGCCAAUAUGUGUCAAAAUUAUAACAGCAUGAAUUUUUGAUCAAAUCUGCAGCACUUUGUAAACAUGCAGUUUCUUCCACUCAUGAUGGCAGUCAUGUCAUGUGUGAUGUGCGAGAUUGCGACAGCUUUCAGAUCCAGCCAUGAGAACAACCUUAGUAUGUUCUACUUUCUUAAAGGCCGACAUUUUGUUAAAAAAGUGGUAAUUUGUCAUAUACUGUUUAUUUAGACUUUUGAGACACCAUAUAGAAUAACAGAAAUUCUUUCUAAAAUGCUAUAAAAAUAAUAGUGUUUUAUUUGUGAUACCCAUCAGGAUACCGGUAGGUUACGAAGGUAGAAAAGUCCACAGUGUUGCAUCUGUAAUGAUGGAGAGUCAAAUUACUAAGUGGAAUUGCUUUUAAGUGAAAGUUGUUUACCACAUGGGUUUUACUCUGCUCAUUUAUUUACUUGACUUUAAAGCUGUGCAAACAUCAGAGACUGUUAUUUUGCCUUGAUGAUUAUUUAAGAAUCAUAAGUUGCUUAUCUACUGUAUCUCGGUGCGCACGAACUGUUGUGUUCCUGUUUGUUUUUAUCGGCUCACAUGCACUUUCACAAUACAGAUUAAUAAAAACACUAAAAAAAACUA